AUCAUGCCUCCACUUCCUCCGGGGAUGCCGCACCCUCCCCCAGUUGCCGACUACAUGUCCGAAGAAAAAUUGCAAGAGAAAGCUCGUAAGUGGCAACAACUGCAGACAAAAAAGUAUGCAGAGAAGAGGAAGUUUGGAUUUGUUGACACCCAAAAAGAAGACAUGCCACCUGAGCAUGUUAGGAAGAUUGUCAGAGAUCAUGGAGACAUGACUAGUAGGAAGUUUAGACAUGAUAAAAGAGUUUAUUUAGGUGCCCUGAAAUACAUGCCACAUGCUGUUUUGAAGUUGAUGGAGAACAUGCCAAUGCCAUGGGAGCAGAUCAGAGAUGUGAAAGUUUUGUACCAUAUCACAGGAGCCAUCACGUUCGUCAAUGAGAUUCCAUGGGUCAUCGAACCCGUGUACAUUGGACAGUGGGGCACGAUGUGGAUCAUGAUGAGGAGAGAGAAACGUGACAGACGUCAUUUCAAGAGGAUGAGGUUUCCACCGUUCGAUGACGAGGAACCCCCGCUUGACUACACAGACAACAUCCUCGAUGUUGAACCACUAGAAGCAAUCCAGAUGGAUUUUGAUCCUGAGGAAGAUAAGGCUGUUUGUCAGUGGAUCUAUGAACACAAACCACUGGUUGACUCCAAAUUUGUGAAUGGCUCGACAUAUCGCAAAUGGAAUUUGAGUCUUCCUCAGAUGUCCACCUUGUACAGACUGGCCAACCAGCUGCUGACCGACCUUGUAGAUGAAAAUUAUUUCUAUCUGUUCGACAUGAAGUCAUUCUUCACUGCGAAGGCUCUCAACCUUGCUAUUCCUGGAGGGCCCAAGUUUGAGCCGCUUGUUAAAGAUAAGGAGAUGCAGGAUGAGGAUUGGAAUGAGUUCAACGACAUAAACAAGAUAAUCAUCAGACAGCCUGUGAGGACAGAGUACAGAAUUGCAUUCCCAUACUUGUACAACAGCAUGCCGUACCAGGUCCAUCUAUCAUGGUACCAUGCACCAAAUGUGGUCUUUAUAAAGACAGAGGAUCCUGAUCUGCCAGCCUUCUACUUUGAUCCUCUCAUCAAUCCAAUCUCUCAGAGGCAUUCAACUAAGAAAGCAGAACCCCUUCCAGAAGAUGACGAUGAAUUUGAGCUCCCUGUGUACAUCCAACCCUUCCUAACUGAGCUGCCCCUCUACACAGACAACACAGCCAAUGGGAUUGCUCUGUUGUGGGCCCCACGACCUUUCAACAUGAGGUCAGGUAGAUGCAGGAGAGCUAUUGAUGUUCCACUUGUCAAGACUUGGUAUCGAGAGCACUGCCCGGCUGGCAUGCCUGUGAAAGUUCGAGUAUCUUACCAGAAACUUUUGAAAUGUUUUGUACUUAAUGCUCUUAAACGCAGACACCCGAAAGCUCAGAAAAAGAGGUAUCUUUUCAGAUCAUUCAAGGCUACAAAAUUUUUCCAGACGACAACUCUUGAUUGGGUUGAGGCUGGACUGCAAGUCUGCAGGCAGGGCUACAACAUGCUCAAUCUGCUGAUCCACCGUAAGAAUUUAAAUUACCUACAUCUUGACUUCAACUUCAAUUUGAAACCUGUGAAGACAUUGACGACAAAGGAGAGAAAAAAGUCAAGGUUUGGGAAUGCUUUCCAUCUUUGUAGGGAGAUUUUGAGGCUGGCCAAGUUGAUCAUCGACAGUCAUGUCCAGUAUCGAUUAGGAAACGUUGAUGCUUUUCAACUGGCAGAUGGAUUGCAGUACAUAUUCUCACAUGUUGGCCAGCUAACCGGAAUGUACAGAUACAAGUACAAGCUGAUGAGACAGAUUAGAAUGUGCAAGGACCUCAAACACCUCAUCUACUACAGAUUCAACACUGGUCCAGUUGGCAAAGGACCGGGAUGUGGAUUCUGGGCACCAGGGUGGAGGGUGUGGUUGUUUUUCAUGAGAGGCAUCACUCCACUGCUCGAAAGAUGGCUGGGUAAUUUGUUGAGCAGGCAGUUUGAAGGCAGACACUCGAAAGGUGUUGCUAAGACUGUCACAAAGCAGAGAGUGGAGUCACAUUAUGAUCUCGAACUCAGAGCAGCUGUGAUGCACGACAUCCUGGACAUGAUGCCGGAAGGGAUCAAGCAGAACAAGGCCCGUACCAUCCUGCAACAUCUGAGUGAGGCAUGGAGGUGCUGGAAGGCCAACAUUCCCUGGAAGGUGCCCGGGCUUCCCACUCCCAUUGAGAGCAUGAUAUUGAGAUAUGUUAAGGCAAAAGCUGAUUGGUGGACAAACACGGCCCACUACAACAGAGAACGAAUUAGGAGGGGAGCCACUGUGGAUAAGACAGUCUGCAAGAAGAAUCUGGGCAGGCUGACUAGGUUAUACCUGAAAUCAGAGCAGGAAAGACAACAUAACUAUCUGAAGGACGGACCAUAUGUAACCUCGGAAGAAGCAGUAGCCAUCUACACAACAACAGUUCACUGGCUUGAAAGCAGAAGGUUCAGCCCAAUACCAUUCCCACCACUGUCCUACAAACACGAUACUAAACUGCUCAUAUUGGCACUUGAGAGGCUCAAGGAAGCAUACAGCGUGAAAAGUCGUCUGAACCAGUCACAGAGAGAGGAGUUAGGUCUGAUUGAACAAGCGUACGACAACCCACACGAGGCCCUGUCAAGAAUCAAGAGGCAUUUACUCACCCAGAGAUCAUUCAAAGAGGUGGGCAUUGAGUUCAUGGACCUGUACAGUCACUUGGUGCCAGUUUAUGAUGUUGAGCCGCUCGAGAAAAUAACAGAUGCCUACUUGGACCAGUACCUCUGGUAUGAGGCCGACAAGAGGAGACUGUUUCCACACUGGAUCAAACCGGCAGAUGCUGAGCCACCCCCUCUGCUUACGUACAAGUGGUGCCAGGGAAUCAACAACCUGCAAGAUGUCUGGGACACUUCUGAAGGAGAAUGUAAUGUAAUGCUGGAGUCGAACUUCGAGAAGAUAUAUGAAAAGAUCGAUCUUACAUUAUUGAAUCGACUGCUGAGGUUGAUAGUUGACCACAACAUUGCAGAUUACAUGUCUGCUAAGCAUAAUGUUGCCAUUUCUUACAAGGACAUGAACCACAUAAACUCGUUUGGAAUAGUGAGGGGCCUUCAAUUCUGUUCCUUCAUUGUUCAGUACUACGGCCUGGUUCUUGACCUACUUGUAUUGGGCCUGCAGAGAGCCAGCGAAAUGGUCGGACCCCCUCAAAUGCCUAACGAUUUCCUAAGUUUUAGGGAUGUGCAAACUGAAAUAUCACAUCCAAUUAGACUCUAUUCAAGAUACAUCAACAAGAUACAUAUAUUCUUUAGAUUCACGGCAGAGGAGGCACGUGAUCUGAUCCAAAGAUACUUAACAGAGCAUCCUGAUCCCAACAAUGAGAACAUUGUCGGCUACAACAACAAGAAGUGCUGGCCUAGGGACUCCAGAAUGAGACUCAUGAAGCAUGACGUCAAUUUAGGACGUGCAGUGUUCUGGGACAUAAAGAACCGCCUGCCACGCUCUGUAACAACGACGCAAUGGGAGAACAGUUUUGUUUCAGUGUACAGCAAGGACAAUCCCAACCUGCUGUUCAACAUGUGUGGCUUUGAAUGCAGGAUCCUGCCAAAGUGUAGGACGUCACAUGAUGAGUUCACACACAGGGAUGGUGUCUGGAAUCUUCAAAAUGAGAUAACUAAGGAGAGGACAGCUCAGUGUUUCUUGAGAGUAGAUGAUGAAUCAUUGCAGAGGUUUCAUAAUCGCGUCAGGCAGAUCCUCAUGGCUUCUGGCUCAACCACUUUCACCAAGAUAGUGAACAAAUGGAACACGGCAUUAAUUGGGCUGAUGACCUACUUCCGAGAGGCAGUGGUCAGCACCCAGGAGCUCCUUGACCUGCUCGUCAAAUGCGAGAACAAGAUACAAACUCGUAUCAAGAUUGGCCUCAAUUCAAAAAUGCCAAGCAGGUUUCCACCGGUAGUCUUCUACACUCCAAAAGAAUUAGGAGGAUUGGGAAUGUUGUCGAUGGGACAUGUGCUUAUACCACAGUCUGAUCUCAGGUGGUCAAAACAGACAGACGUAGGCAUCACUCACUUCCGAUCAGGGAUGUCACAUGAUGAAGAUCAGCUCAUCCCUAAUUUAUACAGGUACAUCAUGCCGUGGGAGAGUGAGUUUGUAGAUUCACAGCGUGUCUGGGCGGAGUAUGCACUGAAGAGGCAGGAGGCCAACGCCCAGAACAGGAGGUUGACACUGGAGGACCUGGAGGACAGCUGGGACAGGGGCAUUCCAAGGAUUAACACACUCUUUCAAAAGGACCGACACACACUGGCUUACGACAAAGGAUGGAGAGUUAGGACGGAUUUCAAGCAGUACCAGGUUCUGAAGCAGAAUCCAUUCUGGUGGACCCACCAACGACACGAUGGUAAACUGUGGAACCUGAACAACUACAGAACCGACAUGAUCCAGGCAUUAGGAGGCGUCGAGGGCAUCCUGGAACAUACCCUCUUCAAGGGAACGUACUUCCCGACUUGGGAAGGUCUAUUCUGGGAGAAGGCCAGUGGAUUUGAGGAAUCUAUGAAGUUCAAGAAGCUGACAAAUGCACAGAGGUCCGGUUUGAAUCAAAUCCCAAACAGGAGAUUCACAUUGUGGUGGUCGCCGACCAUAAACAGAGCGAAUGUGUACGUCGGCUUCCAGGUGCAGCUCGAUCUUACUGGAAUCUUCAUGCACGGGAAGAUACCGACUCUGAAGAUAUCUCUCAUACAGAUAUUCAGGGCUCACUUGUGGCAGAAGGUUCACGAGAGUAUUGUCAUGGAUCUGUGCCAGGUGUUCGACCAGGAGCUGGAUGCUCUGGGUAUCGAAACGGUACAAAAGGAAACCAUCCAUCCGAGGAAGUCUUACAAAAUGAACAGUUCAUGUGCAGACAUCCUUCUGUUCGCUGCCUACAAGUGGGGAGUCUCCAGGCCAUCUCUACUGGCCGACUCAAAAGACACGAUGGACAACUCGACAACUCAGAAGUAUUGGUUGGACAUCCAGUUGAGGUGGGGAGAUUAUGACUCGCACGACAUCGAGCGUUACACGAGAGCAAAGUUCCUCGACUACACAACUGACAACAUGAGCAUAUAUCCAUCUCCAACCGGGGUCCUCAUAGGACUUGAUCUUGCUUAUAAUCUUCACAGUGCAUUCGGCAAUUGGUUCCCAGGCUGCAAACCUCUGAUCCAACAAUGCAUGGCAAAGAUAAUGAAGGCCAAUCCAGCUCUGUAUGUGUUGAGAGAACGAGUUAGGAAAGCCUUGCAACUUUACAGCUCAGAACCAACUGAACCGUAUCUAUCGUCACAGAAUUAUGGAGAGCUCUUCUCAAAUCAAAUCAUCUGGUUCGUCGAUGACACCAACGUGUACAGAGUAACCAUUCAUAAGACAUUUGAAGGCAACUUGACAACAAAGCCUAUAAACGGAGCCAUCUUCAUCUUCAAUCCUCGAACUGGACAACUCUUCCUCAAAAUCAUCCACACGUCAGUUUGGGCCGGUCAGAAACGUCUUGGGCAGCUUGCCAAGUGGAAAACAGCAGAGGAGGUAGCAGCAUUGAUCCGAUCGCUGCCUGUAGAGGAGCAGCCUAAGCAGAUCAUUGUGACCAGGAAGGGAAUGUUGGACCCACUCGAAGUCCAUCUCCUUGAUUUCCCCAACAUCGUCAUCAAGGGCAGCGAACUUCAACUGCCCUUCCAAGCCUGCCUCAAAGUUGAAAAAUUUGGGGAUCUGAUUUUGAAAGCCAAUGAACCUCAGAUGUACCUCUUCAAUCUUUACGAUGAUUGGCUCAAAACUAUUUCUUCUUAUACCGCUUUCUCACGAUUGAUCUUAAUAUUGCGGGCCAUGCACGUCAACAACGAUCGAACGAAGAUGACUCUGAAGCCUGAUAGGACGACCAUAACGGAGACACAUCACAUCUGGCCCACCUUGAAUGAUGAGGAUUGGAUGAAAGUUGAAGUGCAACUGAAAGAUCUCAUCUUGGCUGACUAUGGGAAAAAAAAUAAUGUGAACAUCGCCUCUCUGACUCAGUCCGAGAUAAGAGACAUCAUUUUGGGCAUGGAAAUAUCUGCUCCCUCCCAACAGAGACAGCAGAUUGCAGAAAUCGAGAAGCAGACCAAAGAACAAUCACAACUGACUGCCACAACUACCAGGACUGUGAACAAGCAUGGAGAUGAAAUCAUUACAUCAACCACUAGUAAUUAUGAGACACAGACAUUUGCUUCAAAAACUGAAUGGCGCGUGCGAGCAAUUUCAGCUACGAACCUGCACUUGCGUACGAACCACAUCUACGUUUCAUCGGACGACAUCAAGGAAACCGGCUUCACGUACAUCCUGCCUAAAAAUCUUCUCAAAAAGUUUAUCAUCAUCUCUGAUUUGAGAGCUCAAAUUGCUGGCUAUCUCUACGGAGUCAGUCCUCAUGACAAUCCCCAAGUUAAGGAAAUUAGGUGCAUAGUGAUGCCACCACAGUGGGGCACCCAUCAGACAGUCCAUCUGCCCAACAUUCUUCCCACCCACGACCACCUGAAACAAAUGGAGCCACUUGGGUGGAUUCACACCCAGCCCAACGAACUCCCUCAACUUUCACCGCAGGACAUCAGCACUCACGCCCGCAUCAUGUCCGACAACCCGAGUUGGGAUGGUGAGAAGACUGUAGUCAUCACGUGCAGUUUCACGCCAGGCUCAUGUUCACUGACAGCCUACAAACUGACUCCCAGUGGCUACGAAUGGGGCAGGCAGAACAAAGAUACCGGUAAUAAUCCUAAAGGUUAUUUGCCGUCCCACUACGAAAAGGUUCAAAUGUUGUUGUCGGAUCGUUUCCUCGGUUUCUUCAUGUCCCCCGUCCAAUCGUCCUGGAAUUUCAACUUCAUGGGGGUGCACCACGACCCGAACAUGAAGUAUGAAAUUCAGUUGGCCAAUCCGAAAGAGUUCUACCACGAGAUACACAGGCCAUCCCACUUCUUGAACUUCAGAAGUUUAGAGGAUGGAGACAUAGUGGGGGCCGACAGGGAGGACCUCUUCAAAUAAGGGGGAAGAAUUUUAUGUUUGGGCCUCUAAGAAGAUGGAUUUUGUGAUGGUGACUUCGAAAUGACAAUAAACAUGAUGCAGAUGGUGUUUUGAAAUUUUAAUGAAAUUAAGCGGAUAUUUAUAGCAUUCAAUUGAUAAAUUGGAUGUUAAAUUCAACAAUUGAUCAGAUUCUCACACAUAAUUCGUUUUUUAACUUCCUUCAUUUUAUCUUCGAAGGUUAAACUUCAGUUUGACAGUUCGUAACUAUUGAUAAUGUAGCAAAGAGUGGCGAGUUACUAUUGUUAAUAAUUUUUUAUUUUUUCUCGUUUUUAAUAAAGACGAAUGUUUUAUGUGCUGUUCUUAAUUUACAGACUCGAGGUGUU